AACCACGCGCGGCUCUUCGCGGACGGGCGGCCCUGGGGCACCUUUACCGUGCUCGACAACGCCGCCUGGUUCCGGGAGCAGCACCUGGUGGACUUCCUGGCCUCAGUGGGCGGCCACUUCCGCAUGGGCACUCUGCUGAGCCGGCUGAGCGUGCAGAGUCGCCUCAAGAGCCCCGAGGGCAUGAGCCUGGCGGAGUUCUUUUACCAAGUGCUCCAGGCCUACGACUUCUACUACCUCUUCCAGCGCUAUGGAUGCCGGGUGCAGCUGGGCGGAUCGGAUCAGCUGGGCAACAUCAUGUCUGGAUACGAGUUCAUCCACAAGUUGACUGGAGAAGAUGUAUUCGGAAUCACUGUACCUCUAAUUACAAGUACAACUGGAGCAAAGCUGGGAAAGUCUGCUGGCAACGCUGUUUGGCUAAACAGAGAGAAAACAUCACCGUUUGAACUUUAUCAGUAUUUUGUCAGACAGCAAGAUGAUUCUGUAGAAAGGUACCUGAAGCUCUUCACUUUUCUCCCCCUUCCCGAGAUUGAUCACAUUAUGCAGCUGCAUGUCAAAGAGCCCGAAAAGCGGGGUGCUCAGAAACGACUUGCUGCAGAAGUGACAAAGCUUGUUCAUGGACAAGAAGGUCUGGAUGCUGCUAAAAGGUGUACACAAGCACUUUACCAUAGCAGCAUAGAGGCACUGGAGGUCAUGUCUGACCAAGAGUUAAAAGAAUUGUUUAAAGAAGCUUCAUUUUCUGAAUUAGUUCUCGACCCUGGAACAAGUGUUAUAGAUACAUGCCGGAAAGCAAAUGCCAUUCCAGAUGGUCCCCGAGGGUAUCGGAUGAUAACAGAAGGCGGAGUCAGUAUAAAUCACAGACAGGUAACAAAUCCUGAGAGUGUUUUAGUAAUUGGACAACAUAUUCUGAAGAAUGGACUCUCCUUACUUAAAAUAGGAAAAAAGAAUUUCUAUAUUAUAAAAUGGCUGCAGUUGUGAAAGAUUUUGUUCAGAUUUAUCCAUCAUUCGUCUUCAAAACAUGGAGGGUCUUCAAAAAAAGAGUGGAAUAUCCACAAGGCCUUACAAUGUAAAUACUUUUAUGUAUUUUUAAAUAAAGUUAUUUAACUAUGGUUUAUUCUUAAGAGAGAUCUGCCCAUCUUGCUUCCUGGACUGAUGAAGAGGUACAGUGGAGGUGAAGGAUGAAAUUACACACUAUGUAAGGUGAAGAGCACUUGCUGAUUUCAGUAGUGUUACACAGCUCCCAGCUAAGCUUCUAACGUCUGUUUAGAUGUAAGAAAUCUGUUGGAAACUUAAAUAUUUGACUGAUGCUAAGAAAUAAACAAUUCUUUUUUUGUU